GUUGAAAACCUCGCUUGAUGCGUUUGCGCCGCACUUAUAUAUCCUCCAUGAAUUUCCUCGGCGCAUUUUUUCUGGCUUCUUUUGUUGGUCCGCAGGCAAUUGCUCUCUCGAUUGCCUUCUUUCAUCGUAUGCAGCUCUCGGUAUAUAUCUAGGGCCAUGUUCGUCCUAUCAUCCCAACAAACCCGCCCCGCCGCGCCUUCUGACAGCCCCACGAAACCUACCUCUAUCACUUGAAGAAUCUUUCUCAACCACGAGCUUUAAAAUGUCUACCUCUUCCAGAAUAUCUAGUGUCUUUGGCAACUGGCGCAAGACUUCCAUAUCCUCGGUUGACAUUGAUCUUGAGGCACAAACUGUGACUGGUGCACAGGCCUCCUUCACUCUUCCUACUGCCAUCCAGGCAGCUCAUUCUGCAGCUACCUCUACGCGUACACCUCAGCAGAAUGACAAUACCACAGACCCCAUGGAUGUCUUUUUCGGGGUCUCUCGCACGAGUGCGACUCGCGAGAGUCGCCACGACUCUUAUGCCACUCCUGGUCGCAUUCCCAUGGCUUUGGAUGGAGAAGCGCCUCCUCCAUAUGCAGAUGCCAUUGAGCCUCCAGCAUACAGCUCCGCUCCUGCGGAACCUGUAACGCUUGCUAUGUACCUAUUCAAACGUGGAUUUUUCUUCCCACCUUUCUGGGUACUUGGAGCAUUUAUCCUGUUCUUGCCACUCGAGGCCCCUGCCGACUUUGAGCCAACGAAGUCUGAGGAUGAGCGCCAGGAGUUGGUCCGGAUCAUGAGAGAUGCUGAGGUCAAGUGGGCUAAGAAAUCUGCUUGGGCACUCCUGAUCUUCCUCGUUAUGGUUGGCAUUAUGGUUGGUGCUAUUAUCGGUGUCCUGGGACCGUAAGCAUUCGACACACGCCCACUUUUCCCCAUAUGACUAUUUCAUUCCCUCAAAGACCAUUGCAUGGAUGAUUUCAUUUCCGUCUUCGUACUUUAUUUCAACGUCCUGAGGGUGGCCUCAGGUCAUAAUCACCCGGUCUUUCCCUAUAUUCCUCAGAACUAAAGUUCUUUGUAUCAGAAUAACUAACUCCUCACGAUAUUCACACCCAAGAAUAGGUCGGGCUGUAUGACUAGAUGUCGGUAUUUAUAACUAUAUCAUGUAUGAUGAAUACCGCGAAUAAAAAAACAUCGUUGUAACUUC